AUGUCAAGUCCGUCGAAUAUAGUGCGUAUUCUUGUUAUUGGAUGUGGAAAUAUGGGUGCAGCGCACGCCACGGCUUAUUCGCUGCUUCCUGAAGUCCAAAUUUGUGGUUUGGUCUCUACUGGGAAAAGCAAAGACGUACUCAAUGAGAAGUUAGGCGGUGACUAUGCUCUGUUCGACGAUGUCAAUACUGCAUUGAUCAGUACCAAGCCAGAUGCCGUUUGUAUUUCUACGUAUCCUGACACGCAUGAAACCUUUGCUAUUAUGGCUUUUGAACAUGGUUGUCAUGUGUUUAUUGAAAAGCCUCUUGCUGAUACAGUAGAGGGUGCCAAGCGAGUAGUGGAAGCUGCCGAAAAAGCUGGAAAAAAAUUAGUAGUGGGCUACAUCCUGCGUCACCAUCCUUCGUGGAAAAAAUUUGUGGAAUUGGCUCAAGAAUUAGGUAAACCGUUAGUGAUGCGAAUGAAUUUGAAUCAACAAAGUCAUGGAAACAUGUGGGCUGUUCAUAAAAACUUAAUGAAAAGUCUUAGUCCCAUUGUCGAUUGUGGAGUGCAUUACAUAGACAUAAUGUGCCAGAUGACUCGUUCAAAGCCUGUUCAAGUUAAUGCUAUUGGGGCACGGCUAACUGAUGAUAUACCGACGCACCAUUAUAACUAUGGUCAGUUGCAAAUUCGAUUCGCGGAUGGGUCGGUAGGCUGGUACGAAGCUGGAUGGGGUCCAAUGAUGAGCGAAACCGCUUUCUUUGUGAAAGACGUAAUUGGACCGAAAGGUUCUGUAUCCAUCGUCGCCAAGACAUCAGUUGCCAAUGGAAAAUCGGACAAUGUAGAUCUACAUACCAACGCUGAAUGUCUACGAGUACACCAUGCUGCACUCAAUGAUGUUAAUCAGUUCAUACAGAACGAUACUUGGAUUGAUAUGCAGGACGAGCCGAAUCAUCAAGAGCUGUGCAGUCGCGAACAACAAUAUUUUCUCAAGGCUAUCCAUGAAGAUCUCGAUUUGACAGACCACCUGCAAGAUGCCGUCAACAGCUUACGGAUUGCUUUUGCCUGUGAUCAGUCGGUGCGAAGUGGAUUACCAGUUUAUUUGGAGUGA